CUUUUUCUCUUUAGCUAGAACUCGAGUUUCCUUCUAGGUUUUAUAAUUUCUGUUUCUAUAUCUUCAAGAGAUUUGAUCACGAUGAUGAAAUCUGAUGAUCGUAGUUUUUCAGAGCAGAGAUGUUGGAGGAGAUUACGCGAAGUUAUCGGGCAAACGAGUCAUGAAAAACCCCAAACCGUUGGUCGUUUUGAGGUGGAACCACCUUCGAGACCUUUGUUGGAUGUGGACAAAGAGUACGGUACUCUAAUCGAGGCUAAGAAAGACAACUCGAAAAAGGAGGAACCUAGGGUUUACUCAGGGCAGGUUAAUAUGGAGGAGGUGAUGUACGAAGCUGUCGGAGAGUGGCUUGAGAGCCUCUUAGAACAUAGAUCAAUUACUUCCGUGAAACCAGUACUACAAAACCCUAAUUCGGAUUCAGAAUCUUCAAUGUCAUCUUGUGUCAGUCAGUCCAAGAAAAAACGUUGUUCCAUUAACGUGGAAGAGAGAAGUCGCAAGAAACGCAAAACUGUUGUUAGUCCUUUAGAGGUGGAACCUAUUCAAACGACUCCCCCGGAUUGGCUUUUGAACGUGAUGAGGAGAGAAGAGAACGGCUACAAUCCAAAGCUGAUCUCAACGAGGCAACUGUAUAACACUGAUCUCGCCGAACUUCAAGCACGCCUCUCAGUCCCUUUUAGGCAAGUGAAAACUCCGGACUUUUUGACAGAGGAUGAGACAAGAAAAUUACAUAGAAAUGCGAUGAAGCUUUGUCCCGAUGGUGUGAGUGUGGAUUUGGUGGAUCCUUUGUUGAAGAAGCAUGUUCUUGAAUUGAGGAAGUGGAAGAUGAGUGGAAACUGGAAUUAUGUCUUUGUUAAAGGUUGGAAAAAUGUGCUUGAUGCUAAUAGCUUUAAGGAAAAAGACGUCUAUCCUCUCUGGUCUUUCCGAUCUGGAACAGGAAAACUCUGUUUUGCUCUCAUCCCUAAAAAUUCCAGCAACGGCUCUACUUCAGGAGAAUCUGGCCGUGGAAACUCUCUCUCUGGUGGCGAUGGCGCUUCUACUUCCGGUGAAUCUGGCCAGGUACCAUUACCCAUUCUUCCUUCGCAUCCGGGAAGAGAUUCUAGCCACUCCGGCCAAGGCUGUUCAGGAGAGAGCAGCUCUAGUUCUUCCUAAUCAUAACUCUGCUUAUUGCUUAAGCCACAAGUAAAAGGGAUUUAGUUUUCAGGCAAUUCUGGCUUGGUAUUCUUUCUUUUUUUGUUCAGUUGACUGAAAUAGUGGGGUUUUGUCCAAAUUGUGAGACCCAUAUGAUAUGUUUUGAAUUGAGAUUGUUUAAAGCUUAACUUUUUAGUUGAAUUUUUUUUGAAUGUUAGUAUAUGAAUGAAAGUUCUUUAGUUAU